UAAUUCAUGGCCUCUGGCUGCUCUUGUCGCCUCCGCUGGCCGGAGAGGAAGGUCCGGUGGCCUCCCUCUUCCUCGGCAUAUCCAGAUCCAGAGUAGAUACUACCCGUCGGCACGAACGUUGUCUUCUCGAUCGAUGCAGCCUCAGGCGGCCGGACAGCAGUAAAGCGUCUCGCCCAGAUCUAAGACUUACGGAAGCCAAACCUCAAGCUGCUGCCGGACCUGGUGCCGCCCGUCUGAGCUCUGAGGGUUUUAUUACACCAGUGGGCAAUGUGUUUCAGUUCCGGUUUGUGCUAAAUAUUUGUUGGCGCUUCAGUGAUUUACUGCAGACAACUUUCUUGCACAACUACCAUAUGCUGCUAUAGAAAGAGCAGAUACAUGGAUCUUGAGGCCCUUGAGCGUAUACUUGAUGGAAGAGAGAAGCCGACAAAUCUAUCAUUCGAGCUUUUGAAGAGUAUCACAGAAAAUUUCUCAGAUGAUCGAGAAAUUGGCCAUGGUGGAUUCGCAACGGUUUAUAAAGGAUUGCUCCCAAAUGGGGCUGUUGCUGUAAAGAGGAUAAGGAACGGCUAUACCAUCAAUGAGACCUUUUUUUAUCGAGAAGUUGACAGCCUGUUGAACAUUGAACAUAAAAAUGUCGUACGGUUUCUUGGCUUUUGCGCUAGCACAGACAAGAUAGCCAUACCAACCGGAGGAUCGAAAGAACAUAUUUACGCUGAGGUACGAGAAAGAUUACUCUGUUUUGAGUAUAUCAACAACGGAAGCCUGAAAAAAUAUAUUACUGAUGAAUUAAGGGGACUUGAAUGGAAUACACGUUAUAAAAUAAUUAAAGGCAUCUGCGAAGGUUUGCAUCAUCUGCACAAGGAAAAGCAGAUAUUUCAUAUGGAUCUGAAACCCGACAAUAUACUACUAGACAACGAUAUGGCGCCGAAAAUCACAGAUUUUGGUUUAUCGAGACUUGAUGAGAAGUCAAAAACUAUGAGUGAAGAACGUCAUGGAUCACUAGGAUAUUGUGCUCCAGAAUACCUACAUCAGGGAAAGAUGUCAUUCAAAUCAGACAUGUACAGUUUGGGUGUCAUAAUUAUUGAACUAGUGACAGGACAAAAGGCGGUGCCCAAUAAUAAUAACAAUGUACUUAGGAAAUGGAGGCACAGAUGGAAGAAAACUGGGAAUGAAACACCAUUGGUUUACCAGCAAGUAGCAAAAUGCCUCGAAAUUGGGUUACUCUGCCAGGAAAUUGACCCAUCCAAACGGCCUUAUAUAUGGCAUCUGAUACAUGUUAUAAGAGAAAUUGAAGGUGUUAAUGAAAAGAUGAGCAAUGCCUAUGAACAUACAUUUGGACAGAUAAGCUCUUACUCAGAAGAUGAUAUGCUUGGAAUUGAGCCACUACAACUACAUUUUCCUUUUGAGCUUACCAAACAGAUGUCAUGCGCACUUCAGCUAACCAAUGAGACAGGUUCUUGCAUUGCCUUCAACAUCGAAAAUACGAGCCCCCUGGCAUACUGCAUACAGCCGCAGAAAGGCAUUAUACCGCCACGAUCCAUGUGUAGUGUUGAGAUAACAAUGCAGCUACAAGGCAAUAGACCGGGAUAUAUGCAUCGUGCCAGUGAACUUAUUGUAUCGAGCACCAAAGUGAAUGAUUGCCUUGCGGUUGAGGAUAUAACUACAAACAUGUUCAUUAAUGAGGCGGUCAACGUGGUUGAUGACGUGAAUUUGGAUGUGGUUUUUUAUGUCAGUGAGCCACAAGAAGCAAACAAUCCAACCUUUACUACAGUGUUGACAGGAAUGUUCUUUGGUCAGAUUACAUAUGGUGCAGUCGGUUGGUUAUUUUGUAUGGAUGCACAUCAGACAGAGCCAUUGAUUGUAACCGGUCACUCACUUGGUGAUGUUCAGAUUUGGAACUAUGAAACACAGCAGAAAGUGGUUGCUUCUAUUAAGGUCUCAAAGAGAGGAGUAUCCAUUGUUAAAUUUAUUGCACGAAAGCGGUGGAUUGUGGCUGUGUCAGAUGAUCGUGUCCUCCAUGUGUACAAGUAUGAAACGGAACUCGAAAAGGUCACGAGUUUGAAACCUCACGAUUAUGACAGUUUCGUGUCUUCAUUAGACGUUCAUCCAACCCAGCCGUAUGUGCUGUCAGGAUGUGGUAGGCAAAUAAAGCUUUGGGACUGGGACCAGGACUGGAAUUGCAUUCAGACAUUUGAAGAACACUCAGAUAAUAUUAAUGAACUAAAAUUUAACCCAGAGGACACCAACAGUUUUGCAAGUGCUUCAGAUGAUUAUACAAUAAAGGUUUGGAGUCUUGAUUCUCCCAAAUCCAAGUAUACUCUGUUUGGGCAUUCAGAUAAGGUGUAUUGCCUGGAUUUCUUCAAGCGUGAUUGUCAGCAGUAUUUGAUUAGCGGCUCUCUUGACAAGACUGCCAAGAUAUGGGACUUGCAGAAGAAGAAGUGUGUUCAUACACUGGAACAUGAGUGUCACGUCUAUUCCGUCUUUGCCCAUCCCAGUUUUCCAGUUCUAAUUACACGUGCUUAUGAUGCUCUUCGUGUGUGGAGCUCCACUGAUUUCAGGCUGAAGACAACGCUUGGGUUCAGUAUUCGUGGUUUCGCAUGUUUGACAGGGUCAGAAAGGGUUGCACUUUCACACUAUGGUGGAGUGUUGGUGAUGGAAUUGGUGAAGAAGGACAAGGUGGUAGUGAAGGCAGCAACAAGAAUUCCAUAUCAGCUAUAGAACGUGCUUCGAUCCGAAAAUUUGAACCCGGUUGCAGAUGAACAGCACCUCUCGAAGCAGAAGCAGAACUAGUCUACUCUCUUGCCAUGGGGAAGCAGGUGGUAACAGCUUGUGUGCUGAAGAUGAUGAUUUCAUGAGGAUUACUUUUUGUUGUCUGCGAGGAAAUUGUACUUCCGUCUGUGCGUGCGUGAUGAGUGAUGACUGAUGACUGAAGCGCAUAUAAAUGUGUAAAUUAACAAUCUAAUUGCCGGAGAUCCAUUCGUAAAAUAAUAAUUGACUGAUAGAUGCCACGUGAACUAAUUUCCUUGCCAUUAAUUAGAGCACAGUUAGGUAAA